CUCAUCAAUCCCUUCACAUAAGCCACAACAGAAAAGUUCACCUCUCUCUCUCUCAAACAAGAAAAAGAGGAAGAGCACGCAGUAGCUCAAUUCCUCCUCUCAACUUUACAUCUCUGUAUUUACAAAGUUGUUGCUAGCUGUAGCUAGUAGCUAGCCACUGCUAUAUAUAUUUUCUAAUCCUUUCUGACCACUGGUCCUUUAUUACUCCUUGCUGCUUGUAUAUCUUCUUCCUGCUUCCUUCAACCUCAUCUCCCUCUUCUUGCUCUUCUUCAAUCAAUUGGUGGCAUAUCUCGCAAGGUGACCGCCGGAAGGAAUGUCGGCCCAGAUUGCUCUGGCGUCGGAGCAUGUGUGCUACGUGCACUGCAACUUCUGCAACACAAUUCUCGCGGUCAGUGUCCCGAGCAACAGCAUGCUGAACGUCGUGACAGUCCGAUGUGGCCACUGCACUAGCCUGCUGUCAGUGAACUUGAGAGGACUGAUCCAGUCACUUCCUGCCCAAAAUCACUUACAGGAGAAUUUCAAGGCCCACAAUAUCAGUUUUACUGAAAACUGCCCUGAGUAUGCACCAUCAUCUUCGAAAUAUCGGAUGCCAAUGAUGUUCUCAACAAAAAGUGAUCAGGAUCAUUUGCUCCAUGUGCGCGCAGCUCCCGAGAAGAGGCAACGCGUUCCUUCAGCUUACAACAGAUUUAUUAAGGAAGAGAUACGGAGGAUUAAAGCAGGCAACCCUGACAUAAGCCAUAGAGAAGCCUUCAGCACCGCAGCAAAGAAUUGGGCGCAUUUUCCGAACAUUCAUUUUGGGCUGGGACCCCAUGAGAGCAGCAAGAAGCUCGACGAGGCCAUUGUUGUGCCAGGUCGUACUCAGAAAGUCCAAGAUCUCUACUGAUGCCUACCUACAUCAAUCCUUGAUUUCGAGUGUAAGUAAUUUGAGAAAAAUCUACCUUAAUUCUGAAUCGGUUUGUGAGUGCGUACAUAUCUAUAUUGAUGAGUGAUACCAUUAAGUGAGAAAUUACGACAUGUAUGUACGGAAAUGUGCUAGCUACCAUGAAAGACUGAAGAAACACCUUAUCAUCAUGUUGCUAUUUAAUUGUUUGAAAUAAAUUGUCCC